UAUGUACCUCAUGGUCGUGCAUAUAGGACUUUGAAGACGAGUUUGCCGAUUCAUGUAGACCUCUUUCUCCCAGAAGCAAUACUUCAUCCAAAAGACAGAGAGCUACCCGCGUUCACAAUUUGUGCGAAAAGAGGCGAAGGAACAGAAUCAAUGAGAAAAUGAAAGAUCUUCAACUUCUGAUUCCUAAUUCGAAGAAGACAGACAAAGCUUCCAUUCUUGUCGAAGCAAUUGAGUAUGUCAAACAGCUUCAACUUCAAGUACAAAUGCUUUCUUCUCCAAAUAAAUCGCAUAUCUGCGUACCAAUGGGAAUCCCAUGCUUUCAGGUGCCCCAGAUGUGCAUGAAGAUGGGAUCCCAAUGGAGUAAUGUGUGCAUGACCGUGAACCAGGGAGUUCAAGCAGAACCAGGACUAUGGUCUAAUGAAGGAAACAAAGAGUAUUUUCAUACAGUAGGUCUGCCAAUGUUUACCAAGGUUUCACAGCGCAAUGAUGUAUGACAUGCAGGGAGCGUUAAUACUUCACCGCCCAAGUCUCUUCAAGCAACUCAUAUUCGCUAGCCCUAGCCUGUGUGCUUUCAGAAACUUUAUCAUGUAUUUUCGCUUGUAGUAGCAAUAGUCUUUUCCAAGCAGCUAAAUUAGGAUGAUUUUUUCAUGAUCAGCUUUACGUGGAAAACAAUAAAGUAUCACAGGUUUUACUUAUAAAGAAGUGUCACAUGGUGAGUCGGUCUCAAAUGAAAAUAAAUGUACAUGUGAA